GAUUUAAAAGACCACUCACAAAAUACUUACAGAUAAAUUGGAUCCCAGUAGAUUUUUUUUUGAAACUGCGUAGAAAAGUAGUUUUUUGUGUCAGGAAAAAGAUUCCCAAUUGAAAAAUAAAAAAAAAUUGACUGGGAUCCAAUUUAUGAAGAGAAAGUGGGAAAUUAUUACAUUUAUGGGGCCUAUUUUAACAUUUAUUAUUGUUUUUAGCAUAAUUUUGAAAAAUGCGACUCAGAGCGAUGCUUUUAAUGUGAUAAAAAGUGUAGAAAAACCGAGAAAAUUAAUAAUUGACACUGACGCGGGAGCUGAUGACGCUCUUGCUAUUUUAUUAGCUUUAAAAUAUGAAGCAGCUCAUCAAAAGAGUAUUGAAAUUAUUGCAAUAACUUGUACCUAUGGAAAUACUGAAGUGAAAAAUGUUGAAACAAAUGUUCUUAAAAUUUUAACUGUGGCAAAUAGAAGCGAUAUUCCCGUUUAUGGAGGCGCAGAAUUGCCUUUAAUCAAACACUGGGAAGAUACACAUUAUUUUGGUAAAGAUGGACUCGGUGAUUUUAAUUUUGAGGAGGAAAUAAAAUUUUCUGUUAAUAGAUCGAAACACGCGUCUAUUGCACUUAUUGAUUUAGUUAAAGCUAAUCCAGGUGAAGUGAGUAUUAUUGCGCUUGGACCUCUAACGAACAUUGCAUUGGCAAUUAAAUUAGAUCGAACAUUCAUUAGUUUAGUCAAAGAACUUCACAUUGUUGGUUCAAGUGUCUAUGGCACUGGAAAUAUCAGUCCAAACGUUGAAUUUAACAUUGGAACUGAUCCUGAAAGUAGUUUUAUCGUCUUUAAUUCCACUACAAAGCCAAUUAUCUUAAUGCCCUGGGAAAUCGUGACUGAAUCUCCAAUUCUCAAAACUUGGCGAACGAAUUUAUUCGGAAAACUAAAAUCAAAAGCCGUGGAAUUUUUAAAUAAUGCGGAGAAAAUUUUCCUAAUGAAUACUGAUUCUUGGACAGCGAUCGAUGGACGAAUUAUUGCUGCAUUUUGUUGGCCGAAUUUGAUAUUAAAAUCAUUAUUAACAAAUGUGACUCCAGUUUUUGAUGGAGCUGCUCAAGGAUCAGUGCUUGUUGAUUAUAUAAAUAUUACUGGAAAAGCGCACAAUGCGAGGAUUAUUCAAGCAUUUGAUGUGGAACUUUACCAAAAGAAAUUGGUCCAAUAUUUCGCGGAUUAAAUUAAAAAUACAGCGUGUAUUAUAAAGAGAAAAUAAAUUUAAUUUGAAAAACAA